AUGGCCCCCUGCCCGCCCCUGGCCUCAGAAGCCUGCAGUGGCCUCCACGGAUUCGCUGACUCAUCCCCGACCGGCGUUGAUUCCCGCCGAAGGACCGACUCCGGGCGUGACCUGACACCGGGGGGAGGGGGGGGGGAGGCCCUCGCUGGUAUAAAAGGCACCGGCGCGGAUCUCGGGUCAGCCUCGUUCUGGCCUUCCUUCCUCUGGCGACGCAUCAUGGCAGCGUAUCUCCUGACGGUUCUCUUCCUCGGCUCCGCCUGGGCCGAGGUGCUCCCCCGCAACGGGUAUGUCCCCCCCUCCCUGUCUGGAGGGUUUUCAGGGACUAACGGUCCGAGUUCCUUCGACGGUCCUUCCGCGGAACACACUCCGAGCCUCCCUGGCCGCCGCGGAGGCUCCUUCAACGGCGCUGUGGGCGGAGCCUUCCACGGAGGCUCUUCGUCGGGCUUCGGAAACGGUUCUGGAGGGUCCUUCGGCUCUGCAGUUGGUUCAAGCGGUUCCUUCGGCUCUGCAGGUGGUUCAAGCGGUUCCUUCGGCUCUGUGGGUGGUUCCUUUGGGUCUGCGGGUGGUUCAGGUAGUUCCUUCGGGUCUGCGGGCGGUUCAAGCGGUUCCUUCGGGUCUGUGGGAGGUUCAGGCAGUUCCUUCGGCUCUGCGGGUGGUUCAGGCAGUUCCUUCGGGUCUGCGGGCCGUUCAAGCGGUUCCUUCGGGUCUGCGGGCGGUUCAGGCGGUUCCUUCGGUUCCGGCGAAACCUCAUACAGAGGAGGCACUUCUGGGUCCGGGGGCUCCUUCGGCGGCGCAUCUUCGGCCUUCCCGUCCGGCUCCUCGGGCUUCUCCGGGGGACCCAAGGGCUCUGGCAGCGGCGUCCAAAGAGACUCACUGGGCUUCACCUCUAGUGGAUUCGGGGGCUCUCCGGACCUCUCCUUCGGCGCGCAGGGAGCCUCGGCAGAAUCCUACAAUGGUGGAGCUUCUGGAUUCGGGAGAGAUUCUCAGGGAAGCUCGGGCUCCUCGAGUGGCUUUUCCAACGUGCAGAAAUUUACUCAAGUCGGGUCCUUCGUGCAGACUCCGAGGCCUGGGGGCUCGACCGGAGGAUUCUUCGGCGCUUCAAAUGGUCUCCAAGGAUCCGAAAACGGAUUUGCAGGAAACCGUCACGCUGGGGCGUCUCCCCGCGGCUUCAGCGGAGGAUCCUCGCUCGGGGGCAGACCAAGUGAGCUGUACAGCCGUCCCGCAGGUGGUGGCCACGGACCCUUUGGAAGUAGUCGGGAGUCCUUUAACGGGGGACAAAGGUCGUUUGGAAGUAACCAAGUAACGUCCGUUGGAAACCAAGGAUCCUUUGGCGGGAACCAGGAAUUUCCUACAGCUAAUCACGGCUCCUUUGGUGAGGGUCAGGAAUCCUACGGGGGGAGCCGGGGAUCCCUCAGUGGCAAUCACGGCUCCAUCAGCGGCAGCCGGGGGACCUCUCGCGGCAGCCAAGGGUUCCUUGGCACUCACCAAGGAUCCAUCCGUGGGUCCUCAGGAUCCCCUCACACGGGCUCACAGGGUGGCUACGGAGCAGGCAGCUCUUCCCGGAGAGGCUCAUUCGGCGGCGACUCCGGAGCCCUCGGCGGACAGAGGAGUCCUUCAGGAAGGGCUUCUAGCGCUCCUUUCGGAAGGCUGCCCUCGCAGCCAGACGCCGGCAACCGCGGAUUCAGCAGGAGCUCCGAGGGCGGCUACGGGAAGUGAGGGGCUGAGGCCGUCCGCGAAACGACGCUCCGCCUGCUAGCGUAAUUCCCGAAGACUUUACUUUAUCAAUAAACUUGCAAUGGAA